AUUAUAACUAACUAAACUAUGUUACAAGUCGCAGAAGAAGAGGUUCAAGUACAAGAACCAACACAGAAGACAGAUGACGAAUCUUUGUUUGCUGAAGUGUUUAGGGCAAGGAUCAAACCAAUUAAAGAAAAGAUUCCAAAACAUGUACUAAAAGUCAUAGAAGAAGAGCUUGAAAAGCUGCAGAUACUAGAGGCUGGUUUAGAAGAUAUCUCGAGUACUUAUGGCUACCUUGAUUGGUUGACCGUGUUGCCUUGGGGAACUUUCAGUGAUGAGAAUUUUGAUGUCGGACAGGCAGAAAAGAUUCUUGACAAUGAACAUUACGGAUUAUCUCACGUAAAAGAAAGAGUGUUAGAGUUUAUUGCCGUGAGAAGACUCGGAGGCACUUCAAAAGGGAAGGUCCUAUGUCUCUCGGGGCCUCCUGGAGUGGGUAAAACUAGCCUUGGCCAUGCUAUAGCUCGUGCUCUUGGCCGCAAGUUCUUCCAGUUCUCCGUUGGAGGACUAUCUGGGUCGUCUGACGUUGACGAGAUUAAGGGGUUUCGUCGAUCAUAUGCUCGUGCAUUGCCUGGAAGGAUGGUGAAGUGUUUAAAGAGCGUGGGAACAUUAAACCCUCUAGUUCUGAUCGAUGAGAUUGAUAAGCUAGGAAAGAGUUAUGACGACCCAUCCACUGCGUUGUUGGAGCUUCUGGAUCCAGAGCAGAAUGCACAUUUUCGAGACAACUAUCUUGAUGUCACUAUCGACUUAUCCAAGGUUUUAUUCGUAUGCACAGCAAAUAAUUCAGAUACAAUUCCGGAACCUCUCCUUGAUAGAAUGGAGGUGAUUGAAAUUCCAGGGUAUAUCACUGAUGAUAAAAUGCAUAUUGCUAGAGACCAUCUGCUGAACUCCACAUGCAUAGAUUGUGGCAUAAAGCCUGAACAGGUUGUUGUGAGCGAUGCAACUCUUCGUUCGUUGAUUGAAAAUUACUGCAGAGAACCAGGAGUUAGAAAUCUCCAGAAGCAUAUUGAGAAGAUUUACCGCAAGAUUGCUCUGAAGCUAGUGAGAGAAGGAGCAUCCGCGGAAGCUCCUGAGGUUUCGGUUAAAAAGGUUAUGAUUGAUGAACCAAACCUUGCAGAGUAUGUAGGCCAACCAGAAUUCUAUGAAGAGAAGAUCUAUGAACAGACACCAAUAGGGGUUGUAAUGGGUCUAGCUUGGACAUCCACGGGUGGCUCACCACUGUACAUAGAGACAACCUCUGUAGAGGUAGGAGAAGGCAAAGGUGGUCUUCGUAUAACGGGUCAGCUUGGGGAUGUGAUGAAAGAAAGUGCAGAGAUAGCUCACACAGUUGCUAGAAGAAUCAUGCUCGAGAAAGAACCCAAGAACCUCUUCUUUGCGAACUCAAAGCUUCAUUUACAUGCCCCUGAAGGAGAGACACCAAAAGACGGUCCAAGCGCAGGGUGCACAAUGAUCACUUCCUUGCUAUCACUUGCCAUGAAGAAGCCUGUAAGGAAGGAUCUUGCAAUGACCGGAGAAGUCACUCUAACCGGUAGAAUACUUCCAAUAGGCGGAGUUAAGGAGAAGACUAUGGCUGCAAGACGGAGUCGAGUGAAGAUGAUAAUCUUUCCAGAGGCUAACCGUAAAGAUUUUGAUGAGCUCCCUAAAAACGUGAAAGAAGGGCUUGAUGUUCAUUUUGUCGAUGAAUAUGAGCAGGUUUUCAAGCUAGCCUUUGGGUAUCAUUUGGGAUCUCCUCCGUUAAAUUUUAGAAGAAGUCUGACAAGUCUCAUGUGGGAUUUACUUAGUGGAUGUUUUCAGUAAUAUAAAAAGAAAAAGAAAAAC